CAUCAGCUACAGUGUCGACUUCGGAGGAAACCCAUCCGAAUGGGAGGCCACCUGGACGACUGAGUCGGGAUUCGGCAGCCGAGAACAAUGUGGAUAAAACGGAGUGUUGCGCGCAGUCCGUCUGCUUUGAGGCCAGCCGGCGGCGUGGGCCACCGGCUGUGGAUCCUGCUGGCCGUGACCCACCUCACCCUGGACCUCUCCGUGUGCAGCCCCCUCGGUCCGGGCGCGGGGGUCAAACUGGCGCCCGAGUCGGCGCCUCGCCCUCGACCUCGCUGGCAGCCGCUGUGGGACGCGCCCAACAAGCUCCACUGGAGGACGGCGAGCGGCCCGUUGGCCCGCCGGCUCCUCAACCCGAUCCCCCCCCCGCCGCAAGACCACCGGGCGGGGGGGGUCAAGGGUCAAAAGCAUCGGAAGCCCGCGCGCAAAGGACAAGCGGCGUGUAAGGAGUGCCGCUUGAGAUACUUUCAAAUGGAGGCGAGCGACCCGUUGGCGGUCGCCGCGGCUCCGGAGGCGCCGUCCGGCGGCAGCGGAGGAGACGCGGUGCGGUUGCUCCUCAGAGCCAGGCGGCAGCUCAAAUGGGACAGCGGCGACAAGCCGCAGGAGGGCCGCACCACCACGGUGGCCGGAUUUAUCGACUGGGGGCCCACGGGGACGGACGGCGCCGACGACAACGGCAAACAGGAGUCCAACGCCACGCUGUCCGCCAAGGCGUCGACGGCGGCGGCGGCCACCGCCCCGGGCGCCACGGCCUCCCAAAGGACGCUCACCACGGUGACCACGCCGGAGUCCAAGAGGCUCGGCACCACCGAGGCCGCCGUCGGGGAGACCGUCAAACCACCAAAGCCAUACGGGGACGCGCCAGGUUUGGCCGUUCACCAGAUAAUCACAAUCACUGUGUCUCUCAUUAUGGUUAUCGCAGCCUUGAUCACUACACUCGUCCUUAAAAACUGCUGCGUGCAGUCGGGGAACGGCCGCCACAAUAGCCAUCAGCGCAAGAUCCACCAGCAGGAAGAAAGCUGCCAGAACCUGACAGACUUCACCCCGGCCCGGGUGCCCAGCAAGGUGGACAUCUUCACCGCCUACAACGACAGCAUGCAGUGCUCGCACGAGUGCGUCCGCACGGCCGUGCCCAUCUACACCGACGAGAUGAUCCAGCAGACGCCCGUCUACAAGACGGCGUACAACGGGAACAGGCCCUCCCCGGCUGAACGCCAGCUGAUUCCCGUCGCCUUCGUGUCAGAGAAAUGGUUCGAGAUCUCUUGUUGA